AGCCGGCGCGCGGCUGUGCAUUCUGGUCUUGUACCCAGAGCCUCUGGACAAACAAACAGAAAAAGGGGAAGGCUUUUCCUCUCCGGGGCCGGCGCCGCCGCCGCCGUCUAAAGCUCUAAACCCUCUCCGCGGCGGCAGGACCAAGUUUCAAGGCACACUUGAUCGAGAUGGCCUCGCAGAACACCGGGUCUGGAUCGGCAUCUUCUUUGGGCAGUCUAUUUGAUUCUGAUGAUGAAGAAAACAGUGCCCCGUCUGUGCUCUCGAUAGAAGCUAACCCUGAUACCGAGGAGCUAGAUUCUUCCUCAAAAAAGAGGUCUUAUUUACUGAGCAAGAUGAGCUUCUCGAAGCAACACGUUGAUUUGGCAGUCAGUGAGUUAGGUGAGGGAGCAUCAAUUGAUCAGCUUGUGAACUGGAUUGUGACUGCCCAAGAAGCUACAACUGAGGGAAAUGCUGAAUUUCUGCCUGCGCAAAUGGAUAAACCGCAUUCUUUGCUCCAGAUGGGGUUUACUCAACAAGAAGUCUCAAUUGCUAUUGAAGCUUUCGGUCAAGAAGCCAAAGUUGAGGAGCUCGCUGACGCAAUUCUGGCAAGACGCAUUGCAAAUAACAUUGAGCAGAAAGAAGAAACUGCUGAAUUGCUGCCUGAGGUAAUGGAUAAACCACUUUCUUUGCUCAAGAUGGGUUUCAAUAAAGAAGAGGUCUCAUCUGUGAUUGCUAUUUUCGGUGAGGAAGCAACAGUCGAGGAGUUGGCUGACUCCAUAUUCGCAAGACGCUUCUCAAAUACCACUCAGCAGAAAAAAGUGAGGAUAGAGUCUGAAUUUCCGGACGAGACAGAAACUGAGUAUUCAAUUUCGAGAUUGAGGUUCUAUGAUGAUUAUGAUGCCAACAUCAGGCGUAAAAAGGCCAAGCAUGCAUUUGGAGAUGACAGAAGGGCGUCAAGCAGUCAGAAUGUUAAUCAAUCUAGCCGCACUCCAUGGUUAAGUCGUUGUUCUGGGUCAAUUGCUAAUGGUUCUCUGAACGAUGAAUGUCUUGAAAGGACGUCAAGCCUUGGUAGAAACAUCCGUGCCGACUUUGCCAAGCCUCCUUUCUUCAUCUAUGCAAGUCUGGUUGACAUCAGCAAAGACAGUUGGAAUACGUUAUCGAGUUUCUUAUUCAAUGUUCAACCGGAGUAUCUAAACAGUCAGUCGUUCUCGGCUCUGACGCGAAGGGAGGGUUACAUUCAUAACCUUCCAACGGAGGGAAGGCACGUCACGGUUCCAAGGUCACCAAUGACGAUCAGAGAUGCAUUACCUUUGACAAGGCAGUUCUGUCCCUUCUGGGACACGAGAAAAUGGAUUGAUGGUGUUGGCUUAGAUGUGGCAGGAAAUGAACAGAUUCGUGACAAGCUGGAGAAGGCAAUGAAAGAUUCACGAGGAAUCCCUUCAGAAGUGAAGCAAGCACAGAUUGUCCAGCAAUGCAAGACGGCGAAUCUUGUCUGGAUCGGCCAAGGCAAGUUAGGCCCUCUGCAGCCACACCAGAUGGAAAUGAUACUAGGCUAUCCAGCUAACCACACAGAUCUGCCGGGCAUAGACCCACAAGACAAGGUUGCUUCUAUGAGGUUUGCCUUGCAAACUGAUACCAUAGCAUACCUUUUGUCGGUCCUAAAGGACCGGUAUCCUGAUGGGCUGAGAGUGAUCUCUAUCUACAGUGGAAUCGGGGGUGCAGAAGUCGCUCUACACCGUCUUGGAAUUCCGCUGAGGUGCGUGGUGUCCGUAGAGGAGUCUGUGGUGAACCGUAGAGUUCUAAAGAUGUGGUGGAGAAAAACCCAGCAGAACGGAAAGCUGAGACAACUGGAUAGGAUACAGAAGCUAGAUACUAAGGAGUUUGAGGCCCUGAUGAAAGAGUUUGGUGGUUUUGACCUGAUUGUUGGCGGAAAUUAUGGUCUGUACAGAGGCACAGUGAUGACAGUGGGCACGACCAUGGGUAUGGACACAAAUCGGUUCUUUGAGUAUGUCCGCAUUGUCCAGAUGGUGAGAAGAAAAAUGCAAGGAAUUGCCUGACACACACAGAUUUGUCCUCAUUCGUUCUCCUCUGGAUGUGGAUCAUCAAGGUUAGCAGUACCUUCACAAAAAGUCUUCUUCUUUGUCUUCCUGUUGCAUGUAUUGUCCGCAACGAGACCUCAUCCUUGCACCAUAAAAAGAAAGCAGCAUAGCAUGUGGGUGAGGCAUCCAGCCAUCCAAGAUCAGAGUACAGAGGCUGUAUUUGCUUUCCAUGAGAUUCAGUUCAGUUCGUCACUGCAUCGUUGUUCAGUUCCUCACUGCAUCGUUGUUCAGAAACCAAUCAACUAACUAAUUUGUAAUGUGAGGCAGCAGCCAUUUUUUGUUCGAGUACAGAGCACAGAUUCAGUUCAGUUCCAAAUUAGGAAGCAUGUGUUGUUGCAUCCUGUAAUCAUGGGGGAAUUCGGUUGUAGAGUGCAGAGAGGAGUCUUCCUAAUUCUGACCUAGAUGAAGGUGAGGUGGAAGCUGUAACGUAUCAAGUGAUGAGUUUCUUGCGCUCCUCGAGAUUUUGACUGAAGACGAGUCUAGUGGCCGGCAAAGACAAAAACCCUAUUGAAAGUCCAGCGAAUGAUUUUCGAUCAUGUUGUCGAGAUUUGGCUGAUAUUGUUUACGGUGGUUUGUAGCACCGUUGGAUAAAACUUGAGGCUGCUAAAAAUGGUGCCAUGUUGUUUAGGUUAGCUACACACUUCUGUGACUGUUACCAUUCAUAAAUCAGUUUCAUAAUUAACUGAUGGUAGAAAUUAAAACCAGGUAGGUGGCACUCUUUCCUGUGUAUGUAUGUAUCGAGUUUUUUCUUUC